UAUACGCAGCAAUAAUAUUUAAAUUUGACACCACACGCAACCGAACCCCCUCUCUCUCUCACACACCGUUUUCGCAGUACAAAAUCUUCGCUAUUUCUCUCUCCUCUGCAAUUGCAGAGAGCUUCACAUAAUUCAAAGCCGCGUUUCCACCUGUCUUGAAGAAGAUUUCUUCUCUUUGUGCGUGUCCCGUUCUCUUCUCCAAACCCACCCAAGAACCUCGAUUUAUCUUACUACUUAAGUGUAUAUAAUAAAUAUAUCCAUAUAACAUAAUGGAGGUGAAACUAUGGAAUGACAAGCGCGAGAGAGAAAUGUAUGAGAAUUUCGCUGAGCUUUAUGCUAUUAUAAAAGCCACAGAGAAGCUAGAGAAGGCCUAUAUUCGUGAUGUUAUAUCCUCGUCUGAAUAUGAAACUGAAUGCCAAAAGCUUAUUGCCCACUUCAAAACAUUGGCUUCAACACUUACAGACAUAGUUCCUAGCAUUGAGCGCUUUGCAGACAUGUACAAAAUGGAUUGCCCAGCAGCUAUAAACCGCCUUGUGACCUCUGGGUUGCCUGCCACAGUGGAGCACCGGUUUGCUACUGCAGCCUCAUCAACCACUUCUGCUGCUAUUGUAGCGGAGUGUGUACAGAAUUUCAUCACUGCAAUGGAUUCACUGAAAUUGAAUAUGGUUGCCGUGGAUCAGGUUCACCCUCUGAUCUCAGACCUCUCUGCUUCGCUUAAUAAGCUGACUAUUUUGCCACCAGACUUUGAGGGUAAGACAAAGAUGAAGGAGUGGAUCUCGAGGUUGUCUAAAAUGGGGGCAGCAGAUGAGUUGACAGAGCAGCAAGCUCGACAGCUCCACUUUGAUCUCGAGUCCUCCUACAAUUCGUUUAUGGCGGCUUUGACCACUGCCGGUACUUGAGGGAAUUGAUCAUGCUUGUAAUUGUUGGGUAUGGCUUUAUUAGAUUCUGAAAUGGGCUUGCACUUCAAUUUGGUUCAAUAUAUCAUCUACUAUUGUUUUGAGUGUUGUUUUCUGUAAUCCCCUUGCUAUUGGAAGCACAUGGCUUUCCUUGUGUAUCAUAUUGUUUUGUUGAGUGGUUAUAGAUCUGGAAAUUGGCCACCGAGAGCCCCUGUACCUGGUUUUUGAUAAUCUAUGUUAACACAGACUGUUGAUCUUA